UCUGAUUAUCGUGACGUGCUUAAUAUGUUUUACGCCGAAUUUGGUUUACAAACAUGAAUUUGUAUACGAUGAUGAAGUGGCCGUUGAACAAAAUGCCGACGUAACAAACAUCUCUCGAUCGGCAUUUGAAACAAUUCAAUCAGUUUUCAGUCAUGAUUUUUGGGGUCAGGAUAUUAAUCAUCCGAAUAGUCACAAAUCAUUUCGGCCGUUGGUAACUAAUCUAGUCUAAUGUAUGCGUAUGAAUUUCGGCAAUGGUGCAAAUCUUUUAUGUUGGCGACCCGAAUGAAAAUUGUGAACGCAGUGUUGCACGGGUGUACAAGUAUUACGCUGUAUUUUACACUGAAGAAAAUGUUCGAAAAGGGUGUAAGAGGCUAUUGGUUGCCAGUGUAUGCGUCGCUACUUUUCGCCGCUCAUCCCAUUCAUGUCGAAGUUAUUUUCUCCGUGGUUGGUCGUGCGGAUAUCUUAUGCACGUUUUUUUAUCUGCUGGCCGUACUUCAAUAUUUGUAUAUACUUGAAGCUGAGGCAGAAGACGAUGAACAUGGAGUUGAAUACGACGAAAAGGAAAAGAAAAAUGGUGCAGGUCAGAAAAAAAAGAAAAAACAUCCAAGAAACUUGGCACCGGGAGCCGCUGCAGCAAACAAAAAUUCGGGCGCAAUUCACGCGGUGAAAUACAUUUCUUUAUUUACCUGUGCUUUGUUCAGUAAAGAGCUUGGAAUAACAGUUUUGCCAUUUUGUGCUGUGUACGACGUCUUGAACAACACAAAACCGCCAGAAUGUGUGCGCAAUCAACGUUACGUUGCGAGAAAUUGGUACAAUUGGCGAUUGUGGGUGGAGAGAAAUCCGAAGCUUCAAACGCGUUUUUUGAUAUUGAUUGUGAUGACAAUCGCAUUGAUGCUAAUUCGUGGAUAUUCAGGACUAUUCAGUUUGCCGAAUUUUUCACCUCGUGAAAAUCCACUGGCUGCUCAUCCGGAUCUAUUUGUUAGAUUUAUGUCGUCACUUUACGUUGCUGCGCUAAAUGGAUGGCUUCUGAUUUUUCCAUCGUGGCUAUGCUGCGAUUGGUCAUACGGCUCACUCGAUCUAAUUGAAUCAUGGACGGAUUAUCGAUUAAUACCAACGUUUUUGGCAUUCUAUGUUUGCGGUGGUCUCUAUCAAAGUGGUGUAAAAGAAGUGCAGAUAGCAGUUGCAUGGGCGAUCAUCUCAUAUUUACCAUCCUCACAUAUCAUUACCGUCGGCUUUGUGUUGGCUGAUCGAAUUUUGUACAUUCCUUCAAUAGGGUACUGUAUCUGUAUUGCAAUUGCAUACAGUCGGGGGCACGAGCUUUAUCCGAAAGCGAUUAGAAUGGCUAUAUUUGUCCUAUUGCUGAUUUUUGCUGGUCGAACCAUUGAAAGAUCUUGGGAUUGGCAAGACAGUAAAACGUUAUUCACAUCAGCGCUGCGAAUUUGUCCGAAUAAUUCAAAGAUUUACUUUAAUCUUGCUCAAAUAAGCCAUCUGAGUCAAGAUUUUCCCGCUGCGCUUGAAUUUAGUAUGGUUGCACACCAAAAAGAUCCAGCUAAUAUUUUUGCAAUGAUGGCAAUGGGCAAUGCGUAUCGAGCUCUUGGCGAUUAUGAUCAAGCCAUCACAACUCUCCGAAGAACAAUCGAAUUGGAUCCGGCUUAUGCACGUGCUUGGAUGAAUUUGGCCAUAGCUUAUGGAUUGACGCAAGAUUUUGAGAAAGCGGAGGCAGCCUAUCACAAAGCAGCCAGUUUGCAUCCGAACAACGAAGUAAUUAUGUACAACUUGGGCACUUUGUAUUUACGAAUGGGAAGAUUCGCAGAGGGUGAAGCCUACUUCCGAAAAAGCAUAGAAUGGAAAUGGUCGAGAAAACAAUUGACGCUUUGGAUUUCUAUAAAUCAAUGA